ACCACAUCACAAUGGUUACCAUCGAACAGGUCCGAGCCUCGAAUGCUCAGAUCGCACAAUCUCUUGCACCUGAACUUGUUGCCGUCUUUGUGGGAGGAACAAACGGUGUUGGAGAAGCGACAGUCAAGCGAUUUGUAAGACAUGCUGUUCGUCCACGCAUCUACCUUAUAGGCCGGUCCAAGGAAGCUGCAACUCGAAUCAUCGCCGAAUGCAGAGCCAUCAAUCCAACUGGAACUUAUCUCCCUAUCUCGAGAGAAUUGAGUCUGCUAAAGAAUGUGGACGACGUUUGUCGCGAGGUGUUGACUCAUGAGAGUCACAUCAACCUCUUGUUCCUCACCAUCGGCACGUUGCAGGCUGGGCUUACUGAAGGUCUGCACUAUGCAGCGGCUCUGCUCAUCUACAGCCGCAACAGAUUUAUCAGCAAUUUUCUGCCAGCGAUCGCAAAGGCGCCUCAUCUAAGGCGUGUAGUGAGUGUCUUUCUAGGAUCGAUGGAAGGCAACAUCAAUAUGAACGACUUCCAAGGAUGGAAUCUGGGCUUGAUGGAGAACAAAGGUCAUGCAUCUUCCGUCACCACCUUGGCCUUGGAGCAUCAUGCCGCUGCUGCUCCUGGAAUUACCUUUGUCCAUACUUUCCCUGGACCUGUCAAAGGCGGGAUCCUGAGAGGAACAAAGGGUUUUGGGUUCGGACUGGCUAAAGCGGCCUCAAGGUUCCUCUUGCCUUUGGUUCAGAUGCCUUCGGAAGAUGCUGGAGACCGCCACGUCUUUGUGGCCACAAGUGAAAGAUAUUCUGCCAUGUCGGCGACUGCAGAACCUUUGGGAGUACCUCUGACUGGCGAUAUUACACCUGUCACGAGCGUGGACGGUAAAAGUGGGGUCUAUUCGCUCUUCCUUGAUGGCGAGGGGUUGAAGCAACCAGCACGCCAGAUCUUGUUGACGUACAGAGAGGGUGGCACGUUGCAAAAAGUUUGGUCAGCUAUUGAAAGGGAGUUUAUCGAGAUCACUGGUAGCAAAUCUGUA